CAGUAUAAAGGACAGUCACCUCUCGCCCAGUAAGGACUUCAUCAUCGUCUGCUCAGAUAGGACUCUGAUGUUGCGCAUGGAGAAUGUGUCCUACGUGGCCCUGAGGCAGCCCAUCGUGUUUGAGCUGGAGGGCUUUGAAGUGCCUCGGAGCCAUGGUUACCCCCUGUUUGCCCUGGUCCUGGCCAUCUACUUCCUGGUGCUGCUGGGGAACAUGGUUGUGAUGAGUGUGAUUGCAAUAGAUAAGACGCUACACAAGCCUAUGUACGUGAUGGUAUGUAACCUGGCUGCCUGUGACCUGCUGGGAGGAACGGCUGUGAUGACUCAGCUCAUGUUCAUCUUCUUGACGGGGGAGAAGAGGAUUCCAUACAACAGUGCCUAUGCUCAGGCCAUCUGUGUUCAUACCUAUGGUGCAGCUGUACAGACCAUACUGUCAGCCAUGGCCUAUGACAGGUAUGUGGCAGUGUGUGAACCAUUGAGGUACCAUGCAAUCAUGACCACGGCCCACCUAGUUUUUGUGAUCUUGCUGGCCUGGGCUGUAGCAAUCAUCCUUAUAGCUGUGCUCUUCGCUUUGAAUGUGGGUACUCCACUAUGUGGCACCUACAUCAGGCAUGUCUACUGCAGCAACCGCUCCAUCCUGAACCUGGCCUGUGUGCCCACCCCCAUUAACGAUAUCUACGGCAAGUUUGUGUAAAUGAGUAUUGACCCUCGCCAUUAUGUUAUAUCACUGCAAUUAUGAAGCAUUGGUUGUUUUUUUUAUCUUGCUUUGUCAUUCACAUUUUCUUUCCCAUGACUUGUAUUAUGACUUCUUCAUCUCAUUGCAGGUUUGUGCAUGACUUGGAUUCUCAGCAGCAGUUCAUUUUUCAUCAUCUUUUUCUGCUAUGCCAAGAUCCUGUCAGCCUGUCUGAUGAGGAAGAGUGACAAGGGCAGUCGUAGUAAGGCCUUACAGACCUGCGCCUCUCACCUGGUCAUCUACUUGAUCUACGAAAUUGUCAGCCUCAUCAUUAUCCUCAGUAACCGCUUCCCCCAGGUCCCAAUGAACAUCAAGAAGUUCUGCACUACCCUGAUCUUCAUCGUUCCCCCUCUAAUUAACCCUAUCAUCUAUGGAUUUGUCACUAAAGAGUUACGCACAAGCAUUAUAAAGCUGUUGAAAACACGGGUUGCACCCAAACUGUAAAAUGUUUGACAUUUUGAAUGUUUGAAUGUUUACUGUGGCAUCCCCACCGUACCCAUUGUUCCAGAUAGAGAACAUGCAUAUAAUAAUAACAGAGGUCAUCUAACAGGUUGCAGGAAAAAAACAUGGCCAAUGUAAAAGAAAUCUGAAUUAAGUGCUAUUAUUGUAGUGGCCUCCAGCGGGUCCCCAAAGUGCUGUACAGUAUGGCUUAGUGACCAUUGAAUGUGUAGUGGGCUUGUAGUAGGAAUACAGUAUUUGUUUGAAAAAAAUGAGAAUUAAAAGUUACAUUCCAUGUCUGCUCCCAGAAAGAGAUAGCAGAUAAUACAAGCAUGAUAUGAUGUGUGUCUCUAGCUCAGGCUGUUUCAUUUCCAUGGUGGUUAGAAUAUGACACAUGACUUUGUUGUGCCAUUGUGAAUUUGUGUAGCUGUUACAUUUGUUUUGUUAUACAAAUGACAGCAUGUUCAAUGUGAAUAAUAAGUAAACAUACAU